AUUGGCUGCUGGGCCGGGGGAGGGGUGUAAGAAGGGGUCAGGCAGGGCACCGUGAGCGACAUUGAGCGUCCGACUUUGAGUCUAGGGAUUGAAGAUGCUGGGAGCGGCGCUGCGGAGGAGCGGCCUGCGCUCAUUGGCUGAGAGAUCGGCGGUGUGGAGCGGAGUUCCCAGGCCUCGGAGCGCACAGGUCCUGAGCGGGAGGUGGCUGUGCAGUAAGCCCGAGGAUGCGGGUCCAUCUUUCAAGAUUCCUGGACACAAACCCACCGACUUUGAGAAGAAGAUGUUGCUGUGGGGAGGACGCUUCAAGAGAGAGUCCGAUAUUCCCGAAUUCGUCUCCCAUGAUAUGGUGGAUGCUGCGAAGAGCAAAGUGCGCGUCAAGUUCGCGGUUUUUAUGAUGCUUUUAACCAUCCUGGGCUGCAUCGGAAUGGUGAUCUCCGGGAAGCAGGUAUCCUGCUGCCUCUCCGCCAUCUCCUCCUGGAUGUCUGAGUGCACCCUGAAGCUCAACAAAACCGAACUCAUCAUAUUUCCCCCAUCCAGAGUCUCUCCCCCCCCCCCCCCCCCCCCCAAUAUUUCUAUCAUUAUUGACAACACUAUCAUCUUCCCCAUUCCCCAAUGCUGCCUGGCCGUCACUCCUGACUCCUCCCUCUUCUUCACCCCCCCACAUCCAAUCUCUGGCUCAAUCCUGUCGAUUCCAGCUAUGCAGCAUCGCUCGCAUCGGGCCAUUCCUCUCCCAGGGUGUGACUAAACUUAUCAUCCACUCACUGGUCAUCUCACGACUCGACUACUGCAACGUUCUCCUCACCGACCUCCCACUGUCCCAUCUCGCUCCACUCUGAUCUGUCCUCAACUCCGCAGCUAGGCUUAUCUUCCUCUCCCGCUGCCCCACAUCUGCCACUGCCCUCCGCCAAUACCUGCACUGGCUCCCAUUCCCCCUAGAUUGUAAGCUCCUUAGAGCAGGGCCCUCCUCCCUCCUGUUCUCAUAGCUCUCUUCAGUUGCACCUCAAUUACAGCUCUCUCCUACUCAGUGACUGUCUAAUCCUGCCUCUCCUCCUGCUCGUUACUGUCUAUCUCUUCCAGCGGCUGCCCGACCCCAGUAGUACGCUGAUUACUCCUGCGCUUCCUGACGCCUCAGCUGUAUUGUGUACUGAGAUAAGGGCCCUGUAUUGUUCUAAUGUGUGCUGUAUGUACGGUGCUGCCAAACACUUGUGGCGCCCUAUGAAUAAAUUGUAAUAAUAAUAAUUA